AUGCCUCGGCUCUUCGGAAGUCAAGGCAACGCCCUCCGCUACCGUAUCACAGCGGCUUGUGGCAGCGGUUUUCUCCUUUUUGGAUACGACCAGGGCGUCUUUGGUGGUCUUCUGAGCAACCAGACCUUUCUAAAGACGUUCAACUACCCAAGCUCAACUAUCCAGGGCCAGAUCGUAGCCACCUACGAUAUCGGCUGCAUUAUGGGUACACUGCUAUCUAUCUUUAUCGGCGACAAGAUCGGUCGUCGACGGUCAAUUCUUGCGGGCUGCAUUAUCCUCAUCAUCGGCGGUAUUAUGCAGGCUGCUUCAUACUCUCUGGCGCCUAUGAUUCUAGGUCGCAUUAUAGCCGGCAUAGGCAAUGGCAUGAAUACGAUCGCCAUUCCUGUUUGGCAGUCUGAGACGGCUAAGCCCGAACACCGCGGCAAGCUGAUUGUCCUUCAAAUGGUCACCAAUAUCUUUGGAAUCGCCCUUACCAACUGGAUGAACCUUGGCUUCACGUACAUCCCAGAUAACCCCGUAUCCUGGCGCUUCCCAUUGGCUUUUCAGUGCUUCUUCGGCCUGGUCACCAUGUGUCUGGUGUGUGUGGCUCCAGAGUCACCCCGAUGGCUCGUUAUGCGUGACCGCACUGGGGAGGCACAAACUAUCUUGGCACGCCUCGCAGCCAAACCCGAGACUGACGCGUCUGUUGUUGAGGAAAUUAGUCGUCUUGUGACAUCCGUCCGCCACGAGGCUGCAGUUCAAGAUGCUGUGACGGUAAAGGAGAUAUUCCGCAACGGCGAACAACAGACGCUACGCCGUGUCCUGCUUGGCGCCGGCACGUCAGUAUUCCAGCAGAUUGGAGGCGUAAACGUCAUUGCCUAUUAUCUACCCGUCGUGCUCGUCCGGUCUUUUGGCAUGUCGGAACGGCUAGCCCUUAUCCUCUCAGCUGUCGACUCUAUGCAGCUUAUGUUUUGGGGUGCUUUGGCCGCCUUUCUGAUCGAUCGAGUCGGUCGUCGACGUCUGAUGAUCAUGGGGGUUGGCUGCAGUGGUGUCUGCUUCACCCUUGUGGCAGUUGGACUACGUUAUGGCGGACCCAGCGCCGACGACAGCAACAGGGCCAUGUCAAUUCUGGCUGUUACCUUCAUCUUCCUUUAUUAUGUCUUCUAUGGCAUGUCUUUACUCUCUAUUCCCUUCAUGUAUCCUGCCGAGAUCAAUGCACAACGAAUGCGGAAUACCGGUACAUCUAUUGCUACUGCAGUCAAUUGGACUUGCGUCUACCUGGUAGUUGUGGUAACCCCUGUGGCGAUUGAUACGAUUGGGUGGAAAUACUACCUGAUGUAUGGUAUUUUCAAUUUUGUCUUCGUCCCAAUUGCGUGGUUCUUCUACGUGGAGACGGCAAAAUUAUCGCUCGAGCAGGUCGACCGCCUCUUUCAAAUCAAGUACGAGGGUGGGAAAGAUAUGACCUGGAAGGAGGCUACGCAGCUGGCUCGGAUGGAAGUGCAUGAGGCAGUGGAGGCCAAAACUCAGGGUGCAGAGCAGGCUGAAACCUAUCACUGCGAGAGCACUGAGGGCAAGAAUUAA